UCAUUAUCACCAUGACUAUCACCAACGGCGACGCCCAGGCAUUCUUCCAUGCCAGAGGAGAGAUCCAGGACUACACCAAGGCUCUGGAAAUCCUCGAGAAGGAAUAUCCUGCCAGAGAUGGUUUGGAUGUUGAGACCUUGCUCGACUCGGACAAGCACGGAGCCUUGACUUACAAUGAUUUCCUCAUCCUGCCCGGUUAUAUCGGAUUCCCUGCUUCCGAUGUUACUCUUGAUACGCCGGUGACCAAGCGCAUCUCCUUGAAAGCGCCUCUUUUGUCCUCGCCUAUGGACACGGUCACUGAACAUAACAUGGCCAUCCACAUGGCCCUUCUCGGAGGGUUGGGCGUUAUUCAUCACAACUGCUCUGCCGAAGACCAGGCCGAGAUGGUCCGUAAGGUUAAGAGAUACGAGAACGGAUUUAUUCUCGACCCUGUCGUUAUCUCUCCCAAGACCACUGUUGCUGAGGCCAAGGAGUUGAAGGCUACCUGGGGGUUUGGUGGUUUUCCUGUGACUGAAAACGGUACUCUCCGAUCCAAACUCGUCGGUAUUGUUACCAGCCGUGACAUUCAAUUCCACACCUCCGAUGCAGACCCUGUUACCAAAGUCAUGUCUACCGAUCUUGUUACUGCUCCUGCGGGUACUACCUUGGCCGAAGCCAACGAGGUUUUGCGUAACUCUAAGAAGGGAAAGCUUCCUAUUGUGGAUAAAGAUGGCAACCUUGUUUCUCUGCUUUCUCGCUCGGAUUUGAGAAAGAACCUCCACUAUCCUCUUGCAUCCAAGCUUCCCCACUCCAAGCAGCUCAUUGCUGCAGCUGCUAUCGGUACCCGUGAAAGCGACAAGGAUCGAUUGAAAAUGCUUGUUGAUGCUGGUCUUGAUAUCGUCAUCCUCGACAGCAGCCAGGGAAAUAGUAUGUACCAGCUCGAUAUGAUCAAAUGGGUUAAGAAGACAUUCCCCCAGAUUGAUGUUAUUGCCGGCAACGUGGUCACGCGAGAGCAGGCCGCAAACUUGAUUGCCGCCGGUGCCGAUGGCCUGAGAAUUGGCAUGGGUAGCGGUAGUGCAUGCAUUACCCAAGAGGUUAUGGCUGUUGGUCGUCCGCAAGCCGUGGCUGUGCACAGCGUUGCCUCAUUCGCUGCGCGAUUUGGCGUUCCUUGCAUUGCCGAUGGUGGUAUCCAGAACAUUGGUCACAUCGUCAAGGGUCUUGCUAUGGGUGCUUCCACUGUGAUGAUGGGUGGUUUACUUGCCGGUACUACUGAAUCUCCUGGAGAAUACUUCGUUAGCAGCGAGGGUCAACUUGUCAAGGCUUACCGUGGAAUGGGUAGCAUUGACGCCAUGGAGGAUAAGAAGGCUGGUAAGGGUGGAAAGGACAGCAAGGCCAACAACGCUGGUACUGCUAGAUAUUUCUCGGAGAAGGACGGAGUCCUUGUCGCUCAAGGUGUGUCUGGAUCUGUCCUUGACCGUGGAUCUGUGACCAAGUUCGUUCCCUACCUUAUUGCCGGUAUCCAGCAUUCGUUGCAGGAUAUUGGUGUUCGCAGCGUUAAGGAGUUGCACGACUCAGUUAACAAUAAGACUGUUCGCUUCGAACUGCGAAGUGGCAGUGCCCAGGCAGAGGGUAAUGUACACGGACUUCAUAGCUUCGACAAGAAGCUCUACUCAUAGAUCCUGUUGACGGUUAUAAGCAAUGAUUUGUA